CAAUGUUUCAAAAACGUCAAGAUUUUAAACAAACCCAAUAAUUAAAGCAACCUUCUUCGUUAUCCUAAAGCCGCAAACACUCUUUUUCUUUCUCAUAAUGCAAAUUAAUUCUUCAGCAACAAAUUCUCGUUUGCAAAUCCCAUAAAGACACCAUCUUUACACUUUACCGGGAUCUGGGUCUCUUUUUCUAUUUUUCCCUUCCCCAAGACAAAGUGGACAUUGUCUUCCACUUUAAAAAUAGAGAGAGACUCUCUGAUCUGUGACACUUAAGGGUUCUUCCUCAAUCAUUGUGCUUUACACAGUCAAAUUCAGCGUCUAUGAUGUCAUUCUGUAAAUUUUUCUUCUUCUGUUAAAGGUGCUAGCUAGCUCUCUCACUCGAACUCUUUAUUUAUUUCAGCAUCCAACAAGUGUUCCUAUUCGUAACUUGUUCCAAGUUUUGGUUUUGUAAUGAGGGUGUGGAGGGUUCACUCACCAGAGCAAAAGUUUCUUUGUCCUCAUGGUGUUGUUUUGAGGUGGGUUUUGGUUUGGAUGAGUGUUUGUUUUCUUGUGUUCACCGUUGGACCACCCUGUCGCUCGCGGUUGAAGAAGAGUGCAUCUUCUACUCAAUUUUCUUGUCCUCCAUGUGAUUGUUACUGCUCUUCAGAAGAGUAUCUCCUCGAUCCUUUGGGACUUGUCAAUGGCUCAAUUUCUGAUUGCGGUAAACAUGAUCCGGUUUUGAAUGAGGAAAUGAAUAAGAAUCUACUGACAAUGCUAUCCGAGGAGCUAAAUUUGCAGAAAAUUGUGGCCAAUGAAACAUUGGAACACACGAAAAGGUUAAUAAUGGAUGCCAGGAAAACCUUUUCACAUUACCAAAGGGAAGCAGAGAAGUGCAACGUUGGGAUGGAAUCAUGUGAACAAGCAAGGGAAAGGGCAGAGGCAGAACUCAUUGAAGAACGAAGGCUUACAGCAUUGUGGGAAAAUCGAGCUCGUGAAUUUGGAUGGAAUGACAGAAAAAGAACACACUUAAGGAGUUAACCCAUCAUUACAUUUUGUUAUGUCAAUGCCUCAUUCUAACAUAGCUUUAAUAGGCAAUACACAUGUCUCUUGUGAUGAUUUCAACCAGGUCAGCUAUGCUAUUUAAACAAGUUUAAUGUUUUGGUGUUUUACAUAUAAGGAAGAUAAUUGCUUGAUCCUUGUUUUAUAAAUA